ACGGUGUGGUGAUGGGGAACGCGUCUGCUAUGACUGUAGAGGAACUGAGCGCCUGUGAGUCGCAUCAGUGGUACCGAAAGUUCAUGACGGAGUGUCCGUCCGGUCUGCUCACCUUCUACGAGUUCAAGAAGUUUUUCGGUCUGAAGAAUCUGUCGGAUUCGUCAAACGCGUACGUCAAGACCAUGUUCUCCACGUUUGAUAUGAACGACGACGGGUGUAUUGACUUCAUGGAGUAUGUUGCUGCGCUCAGUCUGGUGUUAAAAGGGGGUGUUCAACAAAAACUGCGCUGGUACUUCAAACUGUACGAUGUGGAUGGCAGCGGAUGUAUUGACCGCGAAGAACUGCUGCUAAUAUUCAAGUCGAUUCACGCCAUUAACGGAAUCGAGCAGGAGAUAUCCGCGGAAGAGUUUACCAACAUGGUGUUUGACAAGAUCGAUCUGAAUGGAGACGGUGAGCUGUCUCUGGAGGAGUUUAUGGGAGGUAUUCAGGGAGACGACAAGCUGUUGCAGAUGUUGACUCAGAGUUUGGAUCUGUCUCAUGUCGUCAAUAAAAUCUACAAUGAGAUCAACUCUGAACAACAGAUCAACUGACCCUGUGGCGCGAAAUCAGGGUGCCAAACACUAGUGAGGAGGACGGCUAAACGAAGAAGACAAAGCUUUUUAUUUAUCCUCGAGUGAAGUGUUUUUAACCCUCAACACAUCAGAUAUUAACACAAUUCACCGUGUUUUACUGUGUUUAUCUCAGCUGGACUGAAUUUCACAACCCAAAAGCCUGAUUAUUCUCAUGCAGUCACACCGAAUAACAUUAGUUUUAAUACUACUCUGAUCAGAGCAAACACUGUAUUUAAGUGCACUUAAAGGACCGCUGUGGAAAUCUUUUCACGACAUUAAAACAUUGCAUCACUGCAACCCAUGG